UUGUGUGGAGAAAUUUGCAAACAGGCUUCUGCUCAAAGUUAUCCCUCCAGUGACCCUUCAAACUUAGUAUGUUAAAGCUUAUGUGGCGCCGAGUGUUGGCUGCCGGAGACCAGAGAAGGUCUUGGGUGCAGCAGCCUUCACAAGGUCCUGCAAGAACAUAAGAGCAUAAGAACAGAGAGACUGCAAGAGGCCGGAUGGCCAAUUCAAGGCAACUCCAGAUUCCCCCACACUACCACCUGUCAUCCUCGUCCAUGUAGCACUCUUAAAACAAGCUAUCGUCCCUGCACUCACUAUGAUGAUAACCGCAUUGGUGUUGGUGGCGAUGGCGGCGCUGGCGGCGGCGCAGCCCGUGGCCGAGCAGGCCAAGGUGAGGGUGACGCUGCAGCAAGGCGACAUCCUGGGCUCGCGUGUGGUGGCAACAAACGGCCGCCCCUACUACACCUUCAGGAGCAUACCCUACGCCAACCCGCCCGUGGGACCGCUCCGCUUCAAGGAUCCAGAGCCGGCCCCGGCCUGGAGCGGCGUCAGGAACGGUUCCAUGCCCAUCCCCAAGUGUCCACAAACUAACGUCUUGUCUCCAGGGGUUGUCAUGGGCCAGGAGGACUGCCUCUACCUCAACGUGUACACGCCCAAGCUGAACUCCUCCAAGCUGCCCGUGAUGGUGUACAUUCACGGCGGAGGAUUUAUGGUCGGCUCAGCGGAAGACGCAACACCGGAACCGCUGAUGCAGAAAGACGUGGUUGUGGUCUCCAUCAACUACCGCCUCGGCGCCCUGGCCCUCCUCUCGACGGGAGACGAUGUCCUGCCGGGUAACCUCUUCCUCAGGGAUCAGACUUUGGCCCUCCGCUGGGUGCAGGACAAUAUCAGGGACCUUGGUGGUGACCCUCAGCAGGUUACAAUCUUCGGGAUCAGCGCCGGAGGAAUCUCGGUCCAUCUCCACGUCCUCUCCCCGAGAUCAGCGGGACUGUUCCAGCGGGCCAUCAUCCAAUCGGGCACGGCCCUGAUGCCCAGCCUAUUCCCUCCUCCACGCGAGGGAGCCAUUCUCUUUAGCAAGGAGCUCAACUGCACCGGGGAGGAGAGCCAAAAACUCCUGGCCUGCUUCAACGAGGCGAGGGUCGAGGACCUCGUCAACACGUCAAGCCGCCUCAGUGAAUGGUACUAUCUUCAAAUGAAGAUCGGCCUCACCGUGGACGGGGUCUUCCUGCCGGACCACCCGGCGGCCCUGCAUAAGGCCGGCCGCAUCAACAAGGUGCACGUGAUCGCCGGCGCCACGCAGGACGACGGAAACGUGUUCUCAGCAGGUCUGCUCGGCAAGUACGGGGAAGAGGCACUGCAGCAGCUGAACGAGAACUUCACCAAGCUGGGGCCAAUCCUGCUGGGGCUGGUGCACGAGGAAAACCCAGUCUACCUGGCCCGGAGAAUCUUCUUCAACUACAUGGAUGACCUCCACGUGACGCGGGAGAAAGAGUUUGCCUUCACCAGACUUGUCGGUGAGGCCUACUUCAACGCCCCCAACACACAAAUGGUGGAGUUCCUCGUCCCCCACACCAAGACCUACAUGUACCAGUUCAACCACCGCCCGCCGAUGUCCCUCAUGCAGGCGGUCACAAACGAGACGCAGACGAGGGAAAUGGCGGGACACGCGGACGACAUGCUGUACUUGUUCCAACUCCCGCCCGAGAAGGCCGCCCUGACCCCGAAACGCCCGCAGGACCUCCACAUGCAGGAGAUCCUCGUCGACCUCUGGACCAACUUUGCUUCCACAGGGAAUCCCACCAUCAACGGCACCCUGGGAUUCAGAUGGCCUGCCCUGACGCCCGGGAAGCCGCUCCAGUUUCUCUCUCUGACCACCACGCCCACCAUGUGGCCGCUUGAAAACAAGAACCAAGACUUCUGGAACUCCCUGCCCACCAAGAACAACAAGAUGCUCUACCCCGAGCGUUUCCUUGAGGAUUAUAGCCCGAGCCGCUGACUGCUCGGCCCUUGACCCCUCGACCCUCGACCUGCUGAGGGACUGUUUGCCCCUGACACCCAGCCUGCUGAAAGACUGCUUUUUACUCGGACCCCCGGCCUGCUGAGGGACUGCUUGGCCCUGACACCCGGCCUGCCGCAAGAAUACUCGAUUACUUUACUCACGGACCCCCAACCUGCUGAGGGACUGCUUGGCCCUGACAGUCAGCCUCCUGAGGGAUUGCUUGGCCCUGACUCCGGCCUACUGAAAUACUACUUUACCCUCGGGACCCCGGCCUGCUGAGGGACUGUUUUGGAGCUCUCUGAAGCACCCCGACCAGGAGGAGGAGCAGCAAUAAAUUACUAAACAUGACGCGUUCUUAUAAACCUCCUUUAUGAAAUAUAUUCUCCACUUCAUUAUCACCUUCACUUCCUAUGAUUUUGGUAUUGUUUUCUUCAUAAUUUUAUAUUGACAGCAGUACUUGAGAAAUAAAGGCACAAUGGAA